AUCAUCCAUCCCGCCAAAAUGUGUUUUGAGUUGGCUCUCUGGCACAAAUACACCUUGGCGUGUCCACAGAGGAGAAAUCCGGAAGGAAGUGAUGUAACUGAAACAUCAUUUGGUUCGCAUAUAUACAGCCGCUGUUGGGGUUUCCUUCAGCUUGUCCCAACUACCAGCUUGCAGCUCAGAAUAGGCUUCUCUUGCUCGCUGUCACACAUAAGCCGAAUCUCUGACAGCUUUUCACUUGGCGUCUGACUGUUAAAAGAUUAUCCAUCAAGCUUACUCAGGAUGAGGGUCAUCGGACUAACAUUUUGCCUUAUUGGGGCGAUAUUUGCCAAACCUAUUUCAUUUAAUGGCGUGGCGGAGUCCAGUGAAUCAAGUGAAUCGUCUCAAAAUGGAGGCUCAUAUGUUCCACAAUUCUAUCAACAUUCCACCUACCAUCAGCAGUCGCAGAAUGGAGGUUCAUAUGAUCCACAAUCGUAUCAACAUAACCCCUACCAGUACCAUCAGCAGAGCUCUGAAGAAAAUCGCCAACAUCAACAAUCUCAAACUCGAGGUGCCUAUGAUCCACAGUCCGACCAACAUUACCCCUACCAGUACCCCCAGCAGUCUCAAACUGCAGGCUCGUAUGAUCAACAGUCUUAUCAGCAGUACCUGUACCAGUACUACCAGCAGGCUCAGAGUGGAGGUUACAAUGAUCCACAAUCUAAUCAAUAUUACAUUCAACAGUACCAACAGAGUUGGAAUCCAGCUUCUGUGAGUACUGACAACCACGUCCUAAGUCAGUCAGAGCUGCACACAGCUGACAUCAGUGACACCACCAGCGAAGAAGAGGACACAGGAAACAAUACCGGGAACACAGCUGACACUGGUGACAGUGAUGAGAGUGUCAGUAGCGAAAGCCAUGAAGCCAGUGACAUGAGCCAUGACAUCAAGGGCCAGGGAGCGAGUGAUCAGACUGACAGCAGCGACAGCACCAGCAGUGAAAGCAAUCAGAGCGUCAACGGCUCAAAUAAAGAAAGCACCAGGAGCAGGAAUAUCAAUGAGGCCACCAGUAGUGACAGCAACGAGUCCAAUGAGACCACCAGAAGUGACAAUAAUGGGCCGAGUCAAACUGAUCACGAAGGUUAUACCAUCAAGAGCCCUUUGGUGAACAAAGUUAUUUACAGACGUGGGAGCGGCGAUGGAAAACCUGGUCAGACCAAGGGUGUUUACGGAACCAACAGUGAAAGCAAUGAGACCAGCGAGGCCGGCGAUGACACCAGUAGUGAGAGCAGUGAAACAAGUGACACCCAUGACCCUACAAGUCAUGAACGCAAUGAGAGUGCCACUGGUGAAAGCAGCAAGUCCAGUCAAGCUACUCCCAGCCCCAGUCGUAAAGCCCAUCAGGCAGUUGGGGUCAGUGAAGUAAGGCAUGCCAUCAAGAGCUCUUUGGUAAGUAAUGUGAUUGACAGCAGUGAGAGCACCAGUGAAGAAACCACUCAGACCAACGUGACCAGUGAUAUCAUUCGUGAUGACAGCAAUGAAAGUGUGACUCGUGACAUCAGAGAUAAUAUUAAGACCAGUCAUAGCAGCAAGUCCAAUGAGAACAUCAGUGACAGCAAUGAAUCAAGUCAAACCAGCAACAAAAGUUCUAUCAUCAAGAACCCAUCGGUGACUCAAGUUAUUUACUUUAAAAGUGGGAGUAUCAGUGGGCAAACUGGUCAGACCGGCAAGGAUAGUGAUAGAACCAGCAAUGAAGGUAGCGAGACCAGUAAGGGCAGCAACGACACGAGUAGUGAAAGCAGCGAAUCAAGUGGCAUUCAUGACAGCACAAGUCAAGAAAGCACUGAGGCAGACAACAGCAGCCAGAGUGCCAGUGAUGAAAGCAUCGAGUCUGGUAAGGCUCGUCACAACUCCAGUAGUGAAGCCCAUCAGACAUUGAAGGUCAGCGAAGUAACCUAUUCCACCAAGAGCUCAUUGGGAAGUGAUGUGACCGACAGCAGUGAGAGCAGCAGUGAAGAAACAGCUCAGACCAGCGUGACCACUGAAACCGCCAGCGCUGACAGCAAUGGAAAAGUGACCAGCGACAUAAAUGACAGCAGUGAGUCCAAUGAGAGCACCAGCAGUGUGUCAAGUCAAACGGAUGACAAAAGUUAUGCCAUCAAAGCCCCGAUUAACCCGAGCGGUAAAACUCGUGAUGCAGUCAAGCUCAGUAAAAUGAACUACGACUUCAAGACCUCGCUGGUUAGUGUGAUUGACAGCAGUGAGAGCGCCAGUGAAGAAACCAUUCAGACCAACAAAACCAGCUACGUCACAAGUAACAGCAGUGAAUCCAGUGCAUCCAGUGACACUAGCAGUCAUGAAAGCAGCGAGUCCAGUGAAAUUGUCACUCGUCAAAACAGCGGAACCGUGAAGGCCAGCGACAUCACGGGGCAUAAAAGCGGUGAGUCCAACGACGGCAAAAGCCACAAAAGCAGUGAAUCCAGUGACACUACUAGUCAGGAAAGCAGCAGAACCACUAAGGGCAGUGACUCGACAAGUCAUGGAAGCAGUGAGUCCAGUGAUACCACGAAAGAUGAUGACUCCACUAGAAGUGAAAGCAAUGCAUCCAGCAGCAGCACCAGUGAGGAAAGCAACGAAAGCAGCAAGGACAGCGACAGCACCAGCCACGAAAGCAGUGAGGCCAAAGACAGCAACAGUCAUGAAAGCACUGAGGUGCACCCAAGCAAAGGCGACGACUGCAAGGAUGGGGAUGAGAGCUGUGAGAGUGAAGAGUAUUUCUUCCAGGACAUAGGUGACGACACCCAAUACUCAGUGGACCAACUCUUGGUGCCAGAGGAAGGUGACAUGGAGUUACGUCUGCGGAGAAGAUGAACCUCACCGAAAGCAACUCAUCCAUGUUAACUUUAAAACUGUUGAAGAAGCUGUCUAAUGGAAUCAGGUGGACCAUAAGCUAUUUCGUUUCUACUCCUGAAUGUUGAUAUUGGCAUCAUAAUGGUACCAUGUGUGUUUACUGAAAUUAUUUUGUACUCCUGUCAUCACGUGGCAGCAGAGUGGAUCUAUACAGGUUACUACAAUUUGUGUGUGUCUUAUGAAAAUAAAUCUUUAAGUUUUUA